UCGUCUCCUUCUAAUAUUUUCAUCCUCGUCCCAUUUCCAACUCGGCGGCUCGACUCGCCCCAUCUCUUCUCUCCCUCUUCUUCCUCGAACGUUCGCUCUUUUGUCUCUACCAAUCUCCUCUUUCCCCUUAAACAAUCAUAUAUUUCGAUUGAUUACGAACCCUAGCCCGAGAUCUUCCAGGAAGAUUCCUUCGAUCGGUUCCCGCUAUUUAGGUUGGAAAUCGGACGGGAAUCGUUCGUGCUUUGGUACUUCCGUUUUUGGAACUUGUCGAUCGGUUCUGAUGAGGAUCUAGGGUUUUGAAGAACGAGUCCGGCUUCAGUGAAGUGAAUUGUUGCGUUGGGGGUGAUCGAUGGCGGGCGCCGGGCGGAGUGGAUCGAUUCCUCCGUUAGAUAUUGAGCAGAUACUUGUGGAAGCACAAGAUCGAUGGUUACGUCCUGCCGAAAUUUGUGAAAUACUUCAAAACCACAGAAAAUUUCAUAUUGCACCAGAGCCACCAAAUAGACCUCCCAGUGGUUCUUUGUUUCUCUUCGAUCGAAAGGUGUUAAGGUACUUUAGGAAGGAUGGUCAUAACUGGAGAAAGAAAAAGGAUGGGAAGACUGUGAAAGAAGCUCAUGAAAGGCUAAAAGUUGGAAGUGUGGAUAUGCUCCAUUGUUACUAUGCUCAUGGUGAGGAGAACGAAAAAUUUCAAAGACGGAGUUAUUGGAUGUUGGAUGAGGAGCUCAUGCACAUUGUUCUUGUACAUUAUCGUGAAGUCAAGGAUAAACCAAGUCUCAGCUAUACUAAAGAUGUUGAAGAAGUUGUGCAAGUCACCCAAAUGGAUAAUCUUUUCACUUCUAAUUCUGCCACUAGUCAGGGUCAACCACCUUCACAAACCAUGGAUACUGAUAGCCCCAGUAGUGCACACACUUCAGAGUAUGAAGAUGCUGAAUCAGCAUACAUGAAGCGAAAUUUGAUGCAGCAGAUAUUUAUCAAACAAGUUCCCGAUACCACCCUGUCGCUGAGAUGUGGCAGCAUGAUGAUUGAUGACUGAUGGCUGUUCAACUCUUUGGCCCUUAUGUAACCAUUCCUUCUGUAGAUAGCCUAUUUGAUUUCCCUGGAAUUCAAGCUGCUGAAAAUAAUUCGAGUGCUCAAGAGGAUACAACUUAAUUUCUAGAUGUAGCAGACCUUGGAUUUAGCAGGUCCAGAAAUUUGUUUGAUCUAACAUCCUGGGAUGAAAUCCUGAAACAAUGUGCAAAAGGCUUCCAGAUGAUCUUUAAUACUUGGGGAUCACAGGUUGCCACCAUGGACGACAAUCUAAGACUUCAAUCUUUGAUACUUGGGUCCUAUAUGCAGAUGAUCUCAGCACCAUGGAUAACGUCACCCGUUCACAGGAAAAGUACUUUGCAGGUACUGUAUAUAUUUAUAUGUGGCUACAUUUUACUUCAUUGUAGGCCAGAACUAAAAUGCUAAAUAGAGCAGGUUGAUCUUGCCGAGAGAUAAGACAAAUGUUGAAUGACUAUAUUUUCACUUGAGCUUAAUAAUGUAGGUGAUUGACUUUUAUACUUUCCUGUGCCUUGAUUUUCUCAAAUACAUCAUCUUAGCUAAUAUUUGGGAUGUCGACAGCUUUGUUAACUAUGGCUAAAGAUUCCUGGAAUUCUUGGCAUUUUAACCUUAUUCUCCCAUCUUUGCCAUCCAUAAAUCUCUUACCAACCAUCAGAGUUAAAUAACAUAUUGUGCUUUUGAUUUCAUGCUUAGAACUGUAUGAUGUUUUCAUUUGCUGUUUUUCUACAUUAUAUGCUGUAUUAAAGCAUAGCUUCUUAAAAUGAGCUUUUUAUUGUUUGCAUUGCUUAUUUUUUCUGCUUAGUGAAACAUUUGUGUUAAAAAAGAAUCAUUGGUCCAGAGUUCUGUCGAUAUUGCAUCUCCUUUUUCUCUUUGAAUUCUGUCUUCUUUUUUCUUUGAAUAUUGUCUUUUUGCUUUUAUUGCACAAAAUUGAGUGUUAACUUGUAGGACACAACUAAUUAGUAAACAGGAUAUUUCUGACUAGUUAACAUGCUGAAAAUUGUUUAAUUUGGGAUUUACAUUCUAAGCCUGUACCAGUCUAAACCACCACAAAUUUGUCAUUGCUGCGCUAAUUUAGUUUGUUUCUUCUGGAAGCACAUCAUGAAUGGCUACCAUGUUUUUGGCUCUUAUUCAUGAGAGUGGCCUUCUUGUGGUAAUCCCUCGCCUUGCUUUCGUAGUGAUAGAAUAUGCUAGAAUGCUUUAAUACUUUAUACACCAACUUUGUUGGACAUCCAGUCAAACACAUGUUUUGAUUUGGUUAACUUCCCUUUUCAAUACUAAUCAGCCCCUCUAAUGUGCCAAAUUAAUAUUCUAACAUCUAGCCACCAUUGCUAAAAGAAAAUAAAUCAUCAUUAUUUAAUAUUUCGUUGAACUUGUUGGUGUUUGACAAAGUGUGUGUAGGAAACAUUGCUGAAUAUGGAAAUCUUGUAGAUGUCUUCGUGGUAUAUCAGCAUUUCCCUUUUCGUUUGUUUGGAGAAGUUUUCUUUGCUGUUGUAGCUCUCAUUAAUAGACUGUAGCUGAAGAAAUGAUUAUAUCAUUCAGAAAAGUUCUGCAUUGAAGAUUUCUAAUGCUGACAUUAAUUCACUUGAUAUGUCAAAUAUUGAAUUUGAAAAUAUCACAUUUAUGGAGGAUAGUAUCGAUUGCACUGCUCUUGUGAAACAUCCAUCAUUCAACUACUCUAACACAGAAUAAAGAAAUAUGAUGGCUUCUUAAGGUGGAUGAGCAAAGACUUUGGUGAAGUUGAUCACUUGCAUAUGAGAUCCAAUUCUGGAAUCGUCUGGAAUGUCAUUGGAAGUGAAAAUGUCAUUGAAGAUCCAAUCAUGUCAAACUACAGUCAUGUAGAUCCAUAUGCAAGGAGUCCCACACUUUCCUAAGACCUGUUGUACAGCCUACUGGUUUCUCUCCAAAUUAUGUGUAUGCUGGCUUGGAGACUAUGGUGUGCAGUAUUAAUAUUCUUUUUGUGUAUUUCUGAAGCAGAUUAGUCUUCUUGAUGGAAUCAGAUUAACAUAGUUGUUCUUUUCUAAUUUUGAACCAUCAUUUCAGCACUAUCGCGUCUAUGUGGCAGGUUUCAAUUGCUGGGAUAUUUUAUAUUAGCAGAGCUUCUAGCUGAUGGAACUUUUCAGUGUCAAUCUCCUCCACAUAAAUCUGGAAGGGUUCCAUUAUCUGACACCUGUUCCAAUAGGUUUUCUUGUAGUGAAUUGUGAGAAUUUAAAUUCGGACAAGUGACUCUCACUCUGAUGAAGAUUUCCAAAUUCUAUAGUUGCAGUGCAAAUGUAAUGCUUCUUUCUGUGUGGAUAGACAAGUUACUAUUUUGGGAACCACUUGACUACCAAAAUCUAGGAACCAAAACCUUACAGAGAAAACUUAUUAGGGUAAAAUUUAUUAUUAUCACCAUGGAAGCUGAUUGUGAAACUUCUACUCUGCUCAAGGAAAUCAAUGAGGACUUUUCCCCUCAUACAGAAAACAGUCAUUUGAAUUAUUUCAUGAGUUGGCUUCUUUAGAAACUAGCCGUUGGUAUCCUCGUCAUCUUAUUAGAUGAGAAUGGACAGGAUGUGUUCAUCUAGUGGUAGCUCUGGAUUAUGCUUGGACUAUAAAACUAAUUGUAGUCACAAGUGUCGAUGUUAAUUUCACAGAUAUGCAUGGAUGGACAGUCCAUCACUUGGCAGUAUUUUGUUGCCGUAGGAAUGUGGAGAAAACUAUAUUGUUGUGGAGGCAAAAGCUACAUACAUUGCAUGGUUUUCGAGCAGAGGCACCAUCAGAGAGACAGACCAUGCAAAGGCCCAUAAGGAUGACUAUGGAAGAAAACAAUCUUAAGCUGGCUGCAGACAGCCCUUGCAAGGGUCAAGUCCAUGGAUCAAUACCCAGAAGCUAGAGAUAAGCAGCAAGUACUUGUACCUGUUGUCAGAGAACUUGAGGUGCCUAAGGCAAUGCAGGAAAGCAUCAUGAAUGUGUUGUUGGAGGCUGAGAUGGUGAUUUUAUGGUUGAACAAGAAGUCUUCUGUGAAACAACUUACACCUAGUCCUGGAGAAGGUUGAUUUUCUUGUUUUAAAGCAUCGCCUUCACUGAUUUUCGAUUGCACCUUUCCAUCUAGUGCGACACCUUGGCUGUAGCUUAUAUGACACAUUACCAGGGCAUUUUGCUUAUAUGAAUGCAUGUGCAUUCCAAUCCAAUCUUGAGAGGAGGUAAUACCAGAUUAUCCUCUUGGCUGUAGCUGGUAGCCUGCCAUUCACUAACCAGGACUUGUUUGAAUUGAAACCAUUUCUAUUCCAUUAUUAGUGCCUUAUGUUAGCUGAUUCAGUUGCCAGUACAAAUAAUUGAUGCCCUGGUAAUGUUGUCUUGUAACAAUUUUGCUAUGUUCCGAAUGUAGGAUUGCUAAAAGAAGUUGAGAAGUGCAUUCACUUCUUAUUUUUCUUUCUUUCA